AUGGCCCGCCGUGCUCCAACAACCCCACAAGAAAUUGUUGCCCGAAUUGCAGAAGUAAGGGUGAGAGGGACCAAUUCUGGAGGAAGCCCAUCAAGAGGAGACGAAUCAGAAGAUUUGUCAAAAACAAUCGUCCCCUUUGUCCCUCCCCAGGAUGCUGGUUCAUCUGACAAAGUGGUAGACGCAGGAACCUCAUCACAUGAAGUGUCCAUAGGCGUCAAAGACAGAGAUGAUCUUCUGAGAUGGGAUAAUUCAACUACAGUUCCAGAAGAAGAAAGUCCAGAGAAUCAACAGGCUAGAGUUGAAGAUGCUGCAAGAGAAGAAGUGACCCAAACUCAAGCAGAAGAGGCUAGCGGAGGAAAAAGUAUAGAUGAUCCCACUAGUGCUGAAGAAGAGGCUGCUGCUAUUCUAAGUGAAGUUCUGAUUGCUAAAGGAAAGAAAGCAGUGUCCAAAAAGAAGUCACAGAAGAAGGAGAAGAAAAAAUCCAAGAGAAAGUCCUUCUCAGAUCCAGAAGAAGAAGGGGAGAAACCAUCAUCAAGUUCUAAGAAAGAAAAGAAGAAGAAGGCAACCCAGCAAGCUAAGGACAGUGAUGAAGACAAGUUUUUGGACAAAGCUUCGAAGAAGAAAUUCAAGACUGUGGUUGGGAGAGGAUUUAUGGUUGAAAGAAUAAUAGAUGAAGUGGCUUUUGAAAAGUAUGGGUUGGCCGAACUACUCAAAGAAAGGUGUCUUUACAAGUCUGCAACAUUUGCUGAAAGCUAUAGUUUGUCACUAGUGCAAGAAUUUUACAGUAAUCUACUGCCAUCUGACAAAGGCAUCACUAGAGUUUAUGUUCAAGGUAAGUGGAUUCCUUUUACUCCAGCUUGCCUAAACAGAUUCUUGGAGUUUAAAUUGGAGGUGAAAGGCAACUGUGAAGAAGAGCUUGAGUUGAAUGAAGAUAAUUGGUUACCAGUCCCACACAAUUCCAGCAUAGUGAAGGAGCUCGCGCUUUUAUUAUUUGCUGUAGGCACUGGUAAGAAGUUCAAUCUGGGAAGGCUGAUCUUCCAGAAUAUUGCGAAAGAAGCUGACUGUACAUACUCCUCAACAUCACUUGGGAAAGGAGAAGCAGUCACAACAGUGAACAAGCUGAAGAUUUUCCAGAAGCUGUUCAGCCCAGGUAAGAAGAUUUAUUUACUUGUAGGACGGGUGUCUCCACCACCAAUGUCGGAAGAUGCAGUAGAGGCGAAUCUAUUGGUUGAAGAAGAAUAUGAGAAGAUGUUGAAAGAGCAACUAGAAGAUGCAAAGAGGAGGCAACGAUCAUUAUCUGCAGAAUUGUUCAUCAUUGUCCAACAAAAAUAG